AUGGGCAUCAGCUGUACAGAGGCGGUGGACGUGACCUUUGGGUCGUACGUAACACUAAAGGUUGACACCGUCGUUGAAUUUGCGCGGAGAACAUUCCGCGAUUGGCAGCCGCUCAGUGGCGACGCUGGCGCCAUUGACUCACCGGACAUGUUGGUUUCUGCGGUUGAGGUGGGCGACGGCAACCUCAACUUGGUUUUCCGUCUGCUAGACCGCAACGGGCGCAGCUGUGUGGUGGUGAAGCAGGCACUUCCCUAUGUCCGCUGCGUCGGUGCGUCAUGGCCGCUCACAGUGGACCGCGCGAGGAUCGAGGCGCAGACACUACAGGUGCACCGUCGGUGUUGUCCCGAGGGAACCGUUUCUCUGCUGUACUACGACUCGCGGCUUGCUGUGCUGGUGCUGGAGGACAUGUCACAUUGUGUCACGUGGCGCCACGCACUCGUGGGCGGCGUGUGCUCCAUGCACGUGGCUGCUGGCGUGGGGAUCUACCUUGCAAAGGUGCUGUUUUUCACUUCCGACCUCUUCCUCUCUCCGGAGGAAAAGAGGCGGGAGAUGCAGCGCUUCGUGAACGUGGAGAUGUGCCGCAUCACGGAGGAUCUUUUCUUUACCGAUCCCUUUAUUGUUCACGAGCGCAAUGACUACGAAGCGGGGCUCGAAGAUUAUGUGCAAUCCCAUCUGCGAGAUGAUGUGGAGCUUCGGCAACGUGUCGCCGUGCUGAAGCGGUCUUUUAUGACGCGUGCCGAGGCGCUUUUGCACGGAGACAUCCACACUGGAUCUGUCUUUGUAAGCGCUACGCAGACUAAAGUGUUUGACGCCGAGUUUGGUUUCUAUGGCCCAAUGGGGUUUGACCUCGGCACAGUGGUGGGUAACCUCCUCCUCAACCACGUUGCGUUGCCAGAACUGUUACAACAACGACGGGAUCAGCAGGAUCAAAGGGCACAGGAGGGCACUGAUUUUUUGCUCUCUACGUCGUCGCCAACAGCCGUAUUGGAAAGUAUUGGGGUCUUUUGGCGCGCGUUCGCCACGUGCUUUCAAAACCUUGCGGAGGAGUACACCAAGGAUGCAACAUUUGCAGUGACAGGGUACGCGAGACGCUACAUUGAAGAGGAGGUGUGGCGCGACACGUUGGGUUUCGCCGGAUUGGAGAUGAUACGCCGCACUGUUGGUCUCGCCCAUGCGGCGGACCUCGACGCUGUGCGUGACACCGCCGCGCGGCUGCGGGCGAAGCGAGCGGCGCUGCACGUUGGCCGGCGCCUCGUCGUGCAGGCAACGAGCGUUACGGACGUGGAUGAGCUGCUUCGCUUUGUGGUGUGA